AUGUCUGAGUAUUUCGGUGGAACGGAAGCACUUGCCGCCGGCCUCGCCAACCAAGAACAGCUUAGGAGGAACGUUAUAAGGAAGUUGGAAGCAGAGGGCAAAAUUGAGAAGGGUACGUUGGAGAAGGAGAUGGCAUCGAUAGAUCACGACGGGGAGGUUGCAAAGAACAAAGAGGUUGGUAAGGUCGAGGAGACGGGGAAAGACUAUCAGGGUUCCCGCCAUAUCGGUAAGAAUUCCGAUGAAGGGACUGCUGUAUAUGAGGCACCACCAACAUAUACACCUCAGGACAAUGGCUCUACCUCCGACCCGAAUACAUCGACAAGUGUGAAAAAUGCCAUGCGGCGGUUUGGCCGGAAGUGCGUAAACAAAUAA